AUAAGCAAAAGCGUAUUAGAAGCUCUCAAAAAAAAAAAAAAAGGCAAACAGGCAAAAGCACAAAAACAAAAACAAAAGCAUUUCCAAAAAGCUCUCACACCCUUGUCCAAAAGCAAAAGCAACCCAUCUCUCAAAAAACCAUGGAAGAAGAGGAAAAUAUGUUACCACCAUUUUGGUUACAAACCAAUGAUACUCUCCGGCAAGUUGACCACCGCCGCCGCCGGCAUCUCCUCCGCCGUUCAACUUCUAUUUUCCUCAACUCCAGUGCUCUUGUUGCAGUCUUACUGGUUAUAGCACUUGUAUUCAUUUUCAUCAUAAUUCCUACUCUUCUUUCUUUCACUUCCCAUGUUUUUAGACCCCAGUUGGUGAAGAAGAGCUGGGACUCUCUCAAUCUUGUCCUUGUGCUCUUCGCCAUUGUUUGUGGAUUUCUAAGCAGAAAUAGCAAUGAGAAUACGAAUUCUUACGAAGAUCAAAGUGUUUCAAUUGCUGGUUCAGGUGCUUCCAAGUCAAACCCAUCAACACCACGUCAGUGGUAUGAGAAUCAGUAUUCAGAUCGCACGGCUUAUAUGACCAGGUUGAGAAGCAGCAGUUCAUACCCUGAUCUGCGUCAAGAAUCUAAUUGGGCUUCUCGAGAUGAUCGGUGGCGAUCCUACGAUGAUAUCCAUGUGAACAGUUACCACGCCGAUCAGGGCCUCCAUCAUCGCCGGCCAUGGCCGCAAGAACCUGAACCCGAACAAGAAGCAGUAGUCGAUCGUAAUUUGAGAGAGGAAGGUUCUUAUUCGCAGCCUGCACCGCCAUCUCAGUCGUCUUCUUCUCCACCGGAGACGCCGCCGCCGCGGCAGGCUUCACCUCCUCGGCCGGUGACUCCACCGCAGCCAUCGAAGAAGGUCGGUGUUAAGCGUAAACCAAAGCGAAGCGACGAAGCUCUUGGAGAAAACGAAAGGAUUAGUACUGGUACGGACUUUGAGGCCAUCGUCGAGAUUUCCUACCCGCCACCAUCUGCCAUUCCGAUUCCGAUUCAGACUCCUCCACCGGCGCCGAUUUCCGUGUAUGAGGAAACGGAGCGAAAGAGUAGUGGGAAGAACGAGAAGAAGAGAGGAGUGGUGAGCAAGGAAUUCUUGAUAUCGUCGCUUAGGAGGAAGAAGAAGAAGCAGAGACAAAAGAGUGUCGAAAACUUCGACGCCAUUAUUAUGAGCUCUGUUCCUUCUUCUUCUUCUUCUUCUUCUUUGCUAUUAACCGCACCGCCUUCACGGGCUCCAUCGCCGCCGCCGCCGCCGCCUCCUUCUUCAGCCUUCCACAACCUGUUCUCUUCAAAGAAAGGUAAAACCAAGAAAUCAAUUUCACAGCCACAGCCACCGUCACAGCCGCCGCCACCAUCGCGAAAACACACGUCGAUGGUGAGUGCUUCGAAAACCAAACCCAGCAGCCCAAUCAGAGCCCGUAGAUUUCCACUACCGGAGACUACGACGACGUCCAUAGGUACCAGCUCCAUUGGUGUGGAAUAUGAUAAUGUGAAUCGAGGUAACGAAUCGCCGCUCAUUCCGAUACCGCCGCCGCCACCUCCGCCGCCGUUUAAAAUGCCAGCGUGGAAGUUUGUUAGGCAUGGUGAUUUCGUAAGGAUAAAUAGCAAUAAUAGCUCGCGCAGUGGGUCGCCGGAUUUGGAUGACAGCGAGGAUUCGGGAAGCAUGGAAACGAGUCCGUUGGCUAGAAAUGGCGCUGCAAUGGAAGUCGGAGAAUCUUCGACGGCCAUGUUCUGUCCGAGCCCGGAUGUGGACAGCAAAGCUGACACUUUCAUUGCAAGGUUUAGAGCUGGUUUGAAGUUGGAGAAGAUGAAUUCUGCAAAAGAGAGGAAGUCCACUCUUGGCCCACAAUGAAGCCCAACCCCGCACCUAUACAAGGACUAGGCCCAAACUUGAAGUCCGUUUAAUUUAGACCAAAAAAAAAAAAAAAAAUUUGUUUGUUCAUUUUGGACUAACUUGCACAGACUUUCAUAAGUGACAGGUUCAUGGGAAUUUGUUUUUUUUUUUUUUUUUUAUUUGAUUAUGCAUUUGGGAAAUUAUUUUAUUCUUUUAGUAGUUAGGGAAAUGCUUUUUUAUAAAAUGUCUGCGUUGGGGUUUUUGAUGUUUAUGAUUGUCAGAGUUUGGAUGUAAAUUGUCUGUGGUUUCGAAGAUUUUUUUUUUUUAAAUAUUAUAUUAAUAAUAUAGAAAUAAAAAGAUAUAUGUAAGAAUCUGUGAUA